AUGGUAGUUAAUACUGAAUACUAUGAUCUAUUGGGAGUUGAACCAAAUUCAACGGAUAUUGAAAUCAAGAAAGCUUAUAGAAAGAAAUCUAUUAAACUGCAUCCUGAUAAAAAUCCAAAUAAUCCUGAUGCCACUAAGAAGUUUCAAGCUAUUUCAGAAGCAUACCAAGUUUUAAGUGACAAAAAUUUAAGAUCUAAUUAUGAUAAAUUCGGUAAGGAUAAAGCAAUUCCAAAGGGGGGAUUUGAAGAUGCUAAUGAACAAUUUACAGCUAUGUUUGGUGGUGAAGCAUUUAAAGAUUAUAUUGGGGAACUUACAUUAUUAACUGAUUUACAAAAACAAGAAGAAUUUGAAUCAAGUGCCAAUGAUGAGAAGAAUACAGAUAAUAAAGAAACAACCAAAGAGCAAUCUGCUAAAGUUUCCGAAGAGCAAACGGGUACUUCAGAGCCAAAUAAGCAACAUAAUAUGGAACCAUCUAAUGAAAAAAAAUUUAUUAAUAAUACUACUUCUGAAACAUCUAACAAUACUACGGAUCCACAAAUAGAUGUUCAAAAGGAGAAAAAAAAGACUAAAGUUGAAGAAUUUGAAGAUGAGCAAAAAUUGAAAAAGAAAAAAAUAAUUGAAGAAUUAUCUAUAAAGCUGAUUGAAAAGUUAUCUAUAUUAACGGAUCCAUUAGAAUCAUCAGAUACUAAGAUUGAUUUGAAAUCACAAUUCAUUGAAAAAUUUGGAAACGAAGCGAAUUUAUUGAAAAUGGAGUCUUUUGGCCUAAAAAUACUGCAUACCGUUGGUUAUAUAUAUUGUCAACGUGCAAGGCUUUUCUUAGGCUCUCAAACCUAUCAUGGAUAUGGUGGUAUUAUGUACUCAAUUAAAUCCAAACUUGAUGUUGUCAUGGACACCCUAUAUACAGUGUCUGCAGCAUUAGAUGCUCAGAGUACCAUGAAAGAAUUAGAAGCUUAUAAGCAAUCAAAUGAAAGUAAUGAACCUGCUUUUGAUGAGCAUGGGAACGCAUUACCUAAACCCACCGUUGAUGAAAUGGCAAAAUUUGAACAUACAUUGAUGGGUAAAGUAAUAACAGCCGCCUGGUGUGGGUCUAAAUUUGAAAUUGUUUCAACAUUAAAGAGUGUAUGCGAUAAAAUUCUUUACAACAAAGAGGUUCCACUUGAGAAAAGAAUUGAAAGAGCUAAAGCCUUAGAAUUAUUGGGUGAUAUUUUUCAAAAAAGUUUUAGAACAAAGUCAGAGCAAGAGGAAGCUCAAAUCUUUGAAGAGUUGGUGGCUGAAGUUUCAGCUAAGAAGCCAAAAACAGCAUGA